AUGGCUGUCUGGGAAACCGAGGACGAGUCCAGGGGCGACGCCGCCGUGACGGCGUUGCCUACACCCCAGGAUACACCCUACAGAACACCAUCACGAAGCUCGAGAAAGUCUCGCCGCUCAGCCACCCCUCCAAAUGGGAAGAAGAGCCCUUCACCUCCUCCCGUUCCCCAGAACGACAAGGGCUCCAAACGCUCAUCCCGAAAUAUGACCAACGAAGAUGGCAUCAGUGUCCUCGACCCGCGUCGUUUCACACCAACCUUGCACGCCAACCUCGUUGCCGAGAUCCUGAACUUGAGGCGAGAUCAAGAAGAUAAGGCGAAGCUCAUCGAAAAUCUCGAGGUGUCUUUACAUGCCUCGCGCCAGGAGCAGGAGUCGCUCCAGGAGUCGGCAGCCACCGCCAUCAAAGAGAGCCGCUCGCUGCAACGUCAAUUGGCCCUACUCGAAGGCGGCACCUCCUCGGCGAUUGGCGAGCUUGCCCGCGAGAGGGACGAGGCCGUUGACUCCAUCGCGGAAGCGAAGAAGAGGCUUGAAGUCGCUCAAAGAAAGAUCCGAAGCCAGGAAGAAGACUCGCAAAGGGUUCACGACCUAUGGGCCCAAGACAAAGACUCCUGGGAGGAAGAGAAGCGCAAGUAUGAACGCAGAGUCCACGUUGCCGAGAGCCGCUUGAAGGCCGUCCUGGAUGAGGUCGCCGCCUACCAGGCUGCUCAGGCCAACGGCAACGGUCAUGACAGCGAAACGGAGGAUCAAAAGGACAACGAUGCGGCGAGCGUCCGAACCAUGAGCAUGACCAACAGCGUCCGGUUCUCCAUGCAGCAGAGUCCCGUCAAAGUCUUGAAUGGCAACUCUCUGGCCGACGAACUCAACCUCGAAGGCGAUGACGACUGGCAAACCGAUGAUGGCGGACGUGAGAGCGCCCUUUCCUACCACCGUCACACCCGAACGUUCAGUCGCGACAGCGUUUUGUCGAGAAUUCAUCGAAGAAACCAAAGUCUGGAAAGCCCUCAACGUCCGGGAAGCGUGACUCGAGGCAGACUUUGGAUGAACCAGACAGUUUUGGAGGCACUGGAAGACGGGAUUCAAGAAGACGACGAGGAUUUGAUGCCACCCCCUCCGCCGCCGCCGCCAAAGGUCACCUACGCAGACACUGGCAUUCAGUACUCGCCUCCUCCGUCACCGAAGCUGGAUCCAAUCAAGCCAGCAACACCUGAACCCCCUGUUCGGGUGGAGAAACUCCCGGAAGUCGAGGCCACUCCCAGAGGUGAGUGGGAGGUGGAGGCCAACCAACGGCGCAAGCGCGUCCACAUCAACCGACCGUUGUCUAUCGAGCCGCGCCCAUUCCACCAAAUGGUCUCGGCGGGCUCACAGACAGCCGAGGAGCCUCUGAGUCCUCCCAAGACGCCCAAAUCGCCGUACAGGUCCAUGACACCGCCCCCUGAGAGCCCACCCACCGAAAUGGUGUCGACCUUGACACAGACGGACAAGCCCGAGGAGAAGCCUCAGUCUCCCCCGGUCUUGCGACCGACGCAGGAACUGAGAAUUCCAAGCAUUAGCAUUAUUCCGCCCUCGAGCCGCCCAACGACGCCGCGGGAGCCCCGACUUCCGCAAUACUUCAAAGACUUUGGUUGCCAAGUGUCAAUCAUCUCCUCGGUAGAGACACGGUCUACUGCUGUCCAGACCGAAGAGAUCCUUUCAGAUAAGCGACUGGCCAAUCUCCCCGUCCACCUGCGCCCUUCAGCAAUCACAUCGAGACCCUCGUCUCCCGUCAUUGCAACCGCCAUCACGACCGAUGAUCCACGGCACUUUACUCCUGUCCCUGGACAACUGCCGCCGAGAAACCCGAGGAGACUCACUAGCAAGCGCAGCCUUACGGAUAUGCCCUCAUCCCCGCCCGUUUCACCCGUUUUUGGGGAGCAAACCCGUGACGCCUAUCCCGGUAACAACGAUGACGGGCCUUUGUCAAGCCAUACCGCGCCCAUGCGACGUCCGCAUCGCUUCAGCAGUCUGUUCGCUGGGUUUCAAGACGCUCAGAGCUCUGAUGAGCAGGACGAGUUUGAUGCUGAUGUGAGCGACUCCGAGUACCGAACCGCCCUGUCCGCUCCUGGAAUGAGAAUGACGGACUCUCGGGCGUCUAAUCGCACAUCUGUCAGCACAUUUGCGGCAUCACCGGAGCAGACCAAGAAGUCUGUACCCAUGAGGGGCUCAGUGCGUCCAAUCGGAACCGAAAGUUACAGCUACAACCUGGACAACAGAGACAUGGCCGUCAAGAAGCCCCCAGCGAAGCCUACGGUCAGGGGCUACGAGAAGACUUCUGUUGGGCCGUCCGGCAAGCAGAAUGUCAUGCGAAAGGCCGCCAUGAUCCAGAGCGGCAUUGCCAGCCAUCAGGGCCGCCCCAGAAGCCCCAGUCUUCCGGAACCUCGUGAUCCUCCUUUCCCUAUCCCAACCCGGGCCAGCUCUCGGCGACCACCGUUCAGUGCCAGUGCCCCGAGUGAUGGCCAGCGGAGCCCGACAAAGAUGGACGCACCGUGGCAUCGCCGAGGCAUUGGUCGCAGCCACUACCGUGCCGGCAGCAUUCACCGUACGAUCGGCGGCCGCCCUUCCCCGGAAUCAGAGAUCCCGCAGACAAGGAAGCAGGUCCCCGCCUCCCUUCUCGGAAACGACCGAAGCGCCAGAGAGCCCAAGCCUGCCGCCUCUUCCGUACAACGAUAUUACCAGCCCUCGACCAUGGUUGGUGAAUGGAUGUUCAAAUACGUCAGGAGACGCAAGUCAUUCGGAGUGCCCGAUAGCGGCAAGGACGAUUCCAGCAAUGACCGCCACAAGCGAUGGGUUUGGCUGGCCCCUUACGAGCGGGCCAUCCUCUGGAGCAGCAAGCAGCCGUCAUCCGGUAGUGCUUUGAUGGGCAAGACCGGCCGGAAACUAACAAUCCAGUCCGUGCUCGAUGUCAAGGACGACAACCCUGCUCCCAAGAACCAGGGGGCUGUCUUCAACCGUUCGAUUCUUAUCUUGACGCCGCAGCGAGCGUUGAAGUUCACCGCCACGUCUUCUGAGCGACACUAUGUGUGGCUCACGGCGCUUUCUUUCCUGGCACAUUCGACCCAGGCAAUUCCAGAAAUUAUUGCGACUCCGCAACCUGUGAAGGAAACAACGGUACCGGAUUUCGAACCGCCACAACCUACCAGGCGACCUGGCAUUCGUGACUCGAUUCGACUGACAAAGAGCAAGGCCCCCCCCUCGGUUGUUAGGAGCGCAGGCCCGCCAAGUAUCCCAAGUGUUCCUAGCAUUCCCUCGUCAAGGACAGGCGAUGCGUCCGGUUACAGACAUGCGGAGGCAUUCGCGUCCAUGCCGAACAACAACCAUCAGCGCGAGCAAUCCGGAGACGCGGCCGAACCCCCCUUCAUCCCCCGGUUCACUGAGCGCUCAAACCAAACCACGGUCCAUGGAAGAAAACGAAGCAAUACCGGAGGUCAUGUCCCACCGCCGCUCUCCUUCCGCGGCUUUUCUGGGCCGGGCAGCGUGGGGCAACACAGCUACACCAACAGCAACGCUGGCAACAGCGUCGGCACGGCAGGAUCAUCAGAUAUAUACCAGUCUCAACCGUCGCAGGGUUCGAGCAGACAGAGUUGGGGCAUCAGCACCGCCGGCUCCCAGCGCACUUCAGAAGCCUCGUCACGGCCAGGCGGCAACUUCUUCGACGCCAUCGGCACAGUGCGAAUGGAAGCCUUCAUCAGUCCCUUGGCGUACUCAGGAUUUGACAGAGACCCCGAUGAGCACGAGGAAUACCGGUAUCGAGCCCGAAGACGGAGCAAAGAACUUCGACGUCGCCAGAGCCGCAGCCGCCACCGAGACAGCUACAGCUCUCGCGGCACGCGUGGCACAGACGGCUACCAUGGUGGUAGCCGAGUGGCUGGAGAAGAAGACUACUUCAGAGAUGACCCGUUCAAGGGCUUCUAA